UGCUGUACUCCUCCCUGUUCUCCAAGUGUACUGUUUUUGUCUUGUUUCUCUUGCACCAAUGGAAGCGGUACAAAGACGAGAUACUGGAGGUCAGCCAAUUCCCUGACUUUGGUGACAGAAGGAGAGUGAGAGAGAGAGAGAGAGAGAGAGAGAGAGAGAGAGAGGCAUGGGGCCGAGAUCCAAUUUGGUGGGUUUGGUGCCAUUUGCAGCCAUGGUGAUGGUGGAGUGCCUGGAUGUGGGCUUGACCACACUGAGCAAAGCAGCCAUGUCCAAAGGGAUGAGUCAUUAUGUCUUUGUUGUCUACUCAAAUGCUCUUGCCACUCUUAUCCUAAUCCCCUCUUCUUUCAUUAUCGACAGAAACAAGAGGCCUCCACUCACCAUCUCUGUCCUGUGUAAAUUCUUCCUCCUUAGCCUUGCUGGGAUAACAUUGAUGCAGAAUUGUGUCUUCACUGGCGUAAGCUACAGCUCUCCUACCCUUGCCUCUGCUAUGAGCAACUUGGUCCCAGCAUUCACUUUCUUGCUUGCUGUAAUCUUCAGGAUGGAAAAUCUAGAUUUGAGAAGCUCAAGAAGCCAGAUCAAGAUCAUGGGUACCCUGGUAUCAAUCUCAGGAGCAUUGGUUGUUACCCUUUACAAGGGCCCGCCCAUUCCAUUCUCUAGAAACUCUCUUGAUCUUCCAUUGCAACCAUCUCCAUCUACUGUGUUGGCAGCAGCAAAUAAUUGGAUCAUUGGAGGCCUUUUCCUUGCAACUGCUAGUUUAUGUCUUGCAACCUGGAAUACUGCUCAGGCAGCAAUUCUAAAAGGGUACCCAUCAGAGAUGACAAUAGUCGCCUUCUAUUGCUUCUUUGGGACAAUCCAAUGUGCAGCAUUUUCUUUGGUUGCAGAAAGAGAUCCAAAUGCUUGGAAAUUAAGGCCUGAUAUUGAACUAGUCUCUAUCAUAUAUUCAGCUGUUUUUGGAAGUGUGGUGACAUUUUCUGCAUUAACAUGGUGCAUACAUAAGAAAGGGCCUUUGUUUGUUGCCAUGUUCAAGCCCUUAGGCAUUGCUAUUGCUGCUUUGAUGGGUGUCAUCUUCCUUGGCGAUACACUCCAUGUUGGAAGUGUAAUUGGAGCAACUGUAAUCGUUGUAGGAUUUUAUGCAGUAAUAUGGGCACAAUCCAAAGAAGAGGAAAAGGGUAAAUCCAGUGAAGUUGAUGGGCUACUGUCACCCUCGCAGAAGACCCCUCUCUUGGAGAGCCAGAGAGAUGUAUAAAGAGGAGUUGAAUCAUCACUUGUUUAUACACUUAUGUACAAUAUUAACAGGAGGAAACAAAAGAGAAAAAUGAAGGGAUCUAAUCAUAUUCCUUGUCUUC